AUGUCCCAGACUGCACCCUCUGUUUCCAGCAGCACUGGCGCCUCGGCGCUGGCCACCACAGUUAAGAAAACGGGCAACGUGUCGACUUUGUCUCACAACUUGACUGCCAUAGAUACGUACGGUAACGAGUUCCAGGCACCCGACUACACCAUUAAGGACAUUUUGUCUGCGAUCCCCGCGCACUGCUACGAGCGCCGGACCCUCGAGUCGUUGUACUAUGUCGCGAGAGACAUUUCGUGCAUGUGGGCGUUGGGCUAUGUCGCCAACACCUACAUCCCGGUGUUGCCGCACGCCGCGUUCAGGUUUGUCGCGUGGACGGCCUACUCGAUCGCGCAGGGCCUCGUGGGCACUGGUCUUUGGAUCUUGGCCCACGAGUGUGGGCACCUGGCAUUUUCCGACAGCUCGUUGGUCAACGACACCGUGGGCUGGGUGUUGCACUCGUGGUGGCUUGUGCCGUACUUCUCGUGGAAGUUCUCUCACGGCAAGCACCACAAGGCCACGGGCCACAUGACCAGAGACAUGGCCUUCGUGCCCAACACGAGAGAGCUGUUUGUCGAGAAGAGACAAGCGUUGUCGCUCGAGGAGAUCACCAGCGACACGCCGCUCAUGUCGUUGUACACCUUGUUCUUGCAGCAGUUUGGUGGCUGGUGGGCGUACCUCUUCUGCAACGUCACGGGCCAGCCGGUCUCGGACACCUACUGGGGCAUGAACCACUUCAACCCCGCCUCCGCGCUCUUUGAGAAGGACCAGUACUGGUACAUCGUUUUGUCGGACAUUGGCCUUUUGACCCAGUUGUUUGUCGUGUACACAUGGUAUCAGAACUACGGUGCCUUCAACGUGUUGGUCAACUGGUUCCUUCCAUACGUGGGCGUCAACCACUGGUUGGUCUUCCUCACCUACUUGCAGCACACCGACCCUGAGAUGGCUCACUACGAAUCGGACCAAUGGAACUUCGCCAGAGGCGCGGCCGCCACCAUCGACAGAGAGUUCGGCUUUGUUGGCCAGUACCUUUUCCACGAUAUCAUCGAGACCCACGUCUUGCAUCACUACUGUUCCAGAAUCCCCUUUUACAAUGCCCGUGAGGCCAGCGAGGCCAUCAAAAAGGUCAUGGGUAAGCACUACCGCCACACCGACGAGAACAUGUUCAAGUCUUUGUGGAAAUCGAUCAGAAUGUGCCAGUUUGUCGAGGGCGAUAAUGGAGUCAUGAUGUACAGAAACAUCAAUGGCUUGGGGACUCCGCCAAAAAAAUAG